AUGUCGAUCCGGUUUCAUCUGUCGUGCGGCUGCCUUCCUGUUUUCUGCGUUUUCUGGUGCAGGUCCUUGAGCGACCUGCGCCGGCGGGACGACGUGGAUUCGUCCAAGAAGACGACGUCGAGCUUCACUGGCGGCGAGAGAUCGGGCCUCGCAGUUGAGAAUCCUUCCUCGUCCGAUGAAGACGAACACCCUCUCGGGGACUUUGCGCACGCAGUGAGAGGCGCUGCGCCGCCGGGAGCGCGCAGGGUCACGGUGUUCAGGAACGGGUUCACCGUCGACGAUGGAGAAUUUCGUUCGCUGGAGAACCCUGAAAACGCCCGCUUUCUGGACGAGUUGAAGGCCGGCUUUGCUCCUCGCGAACUGCAGGAGGGAGGGCGACGCGUCCACGUUGAGCUCGUGAACAAACAGUCUGAGUCGUACGAGCCCCCGCCGCCGCCAGCGUACGUGCUGUUUGGCGGAGAAGGCCAGCGCCUGUCAGGAGGGGAAGACAGAUCAGGGUCCUCGUCGCCGAGCGCCGAAGUCGACGUGAGCCGCGGGGCGGUGACAGUCGACGAGAGCCAACCCACGACCAUGCUGCAGUUUCGGCUCCAUGACGGACAGAGACGUGCACAGAGAUUCAACGAGACGCACACGAUCGCCGACAUCCGCGAUUUUGUGUCUCAAGUCGCACCUGUGAACGGCGAGUUCCGCCUCCUCGAGGGGUUCCCUCCCAAGGAGAUCACCGCAGCCCUGUCGGCGACAGUCAAGGAGGCCGGGCUGUUGAACGCUGCCAUCGUUCAACAAAUCCGCUAG